AUGUCCGCCAUCAAAGAUCGAGAAGAGGAUAUUGGAUUUACUCCGGAAGUUGGACAAGAUAACUCUAUUGAGCGCGAUGCUGUGAUAGGAGAGCAGGAGAAGGGAGAGAGACGCCCUCCUGCGCAUAAUGAUCUGGAUUCCAUCCCUUGGUCAGGAGCAGAUGAUCCAGCAAAUCCAAAAAACUGGUCGAACAAGAGGAAGUGGCUCAAUAUCACGGUUCUAUCACUGCUUACAGUCGUAACUCCACUUGGUUCUUCAAUGUUUGCACCCGGAAUACCAAGCAUCAUGGCCGAGUUCCACGAAACGUCUCCCAACGCCGCUACCUUCAUCCUAUCAAUCUACGUUCUCGGUUUCGUCUUUGGCCCGAUUCUAAUUGCACCACUGAGCGAGACGUACGGCCGAAGAAAGCUUUAUAUAUGGGGAAACAUACUCUUCACCAUCUUCAGCGUGGGAACGGCUCUGAGCAACAGUAUGGGGAUGCUUCUUGGUUUUCGAUUUUCCAUGGGCUUUGCGGGAGUGGUGCCUAUCACGAUUGGGAGUGGAAGCAUUGCUGAUAUGAUGGCUCUUGAGACGCGAGGUCGCGCUAUCUCAAUCUGGGCGCUGGGUCCUCUGCUUGGCCCAUGUAUCGGCCCUGUUGCUGGUGGAUAUCUGAUACGUGCCAAAGGGUGGCGCUGGGUUUAUUGGCUGAUUUCGAUCAUUUCAGGCGUGCUUAUCCCUAUCUCAACUUUCCUGCUCGACGAAACCUUCGCGCCCGUGAUUCUCCAAAGACGCAAUGCCUCACUACCUCAGGAUAUUACAAACUCAGCAGUACCUAAUAGGUCUACUUCACGACCAGUUGAUACGUUGAAGUUCCGAGCUGCGGCACUUCGUCCUACCAAGCUUCUAUUUCUCGCUCCGCUUGUUACACUAAGCGCACUCUACAUCGCGAUAUCAUACGGAAUCCUCUAUCUUCUCAUCGCUACCUUUUCGUUCGUCUACCCACAGCAGUAUGGCUUUGACGAAGGAACCAGCGGGCUAGCCUUUAUCCCUGCUGGUAUUGGCAUGAUCCUCGGGGUCAUUGGUAUCGGACAAGUGACGGACCUUAUGGUCAAGAGAAACAAACUCAGAAGAGUAGUGCACCAACCCAAGUUUCGGCUCGUUCCUAUCAUUACGAUUCCUUGUGGGUUAGCACUGCCCUGUGGCCUCUUCAUUUACGGCUGGACGACGUAUCACACCUUACAUUGGAUUGUUCCCAUGAUAAGCGUUUCGAUCAUGUGUAUGGGACUUAUGACUGUCAAUUCCUGCAUUCAGAAUUAUCUACUUGACAUAUAUCCACGAUAUGCUGCAUCUGUCUCAGCAGCGUUGACGAUCCUGAGAUCCUUUGUUGCAGCAUUGCUGCCUCUUAGCGGGCUACAGAUGUAUGAAGCAAUGGGUCUUGGAUGGGCCAACAGUCUUCUGGGAUUUGUUGCAUUGGUUCUGAUCGUUAUACCCUUGGCUCUGUACAAGUUUGGAGAACGGAUUAAAACAUGGCAUGUACCAAAGUUGUAA